UUUUAAAUCACAUAUGAUUUUCAAAUUCGAUCAAAGUCAUUGUAUAAGCAGACGUUUAGUAUAAAUAUGAAAAGUUUAAUAAUUUUGAAUCGUUUUUAACAUCUACUACUAUAGUAAUGGCGAAAAACAAUAUGCCAGUUGUUUCAUUUUUAUUUACACUAAUCGUGGUAGUUUUCCUGUUUUCACAUUCCGUGCAUUGCAAUAGGAACAGAAAUUAUGCUGCGUCGUCAUUUUUAUCAUCGUACGAUGCGCAAGAGGUCGGAUUAAGCAAAGGUUCUCCAUGGCCCCUUCCGAGAAUAUUCCAGCCGUCAUCUGAAAUUUAUUUUUUAGAUAAAUUGAAAUUUGAAUUUGUCCCCAGGAGCUAUAAAUGUGAUCUCAUGAUAGAUGCAUUCAACAGAUACUACAAACUCAUAUUUGAUUUGAAUGAUGUAUCUUCUGCUAACAGUCCUAAUUCUCGUUUGAUUUUUAAAAGUCACAAAAUCAGGAAUGAGCAGAUGUCUUCAUACAAUAAUAUAUUAAAUGUCAUUUUGAUGAACCCAUGUGAAAAUGCCAUUACUCUGAAGUCAGAUGAGUCAUAUGUGCUAAAUGUCGAUACCAAAAAUUCCUACCUAGAAGCUAAAAGCAUUUGGGGAAUAUUGAGAGGUCUUGAGACAUUUAGUCAAUUAGUGUAUGUUCAAAACAGUCAGUUUGCUGUAAACAGAACAUACAUCAAAGAUCAACCUAGGUUUUCAUGGCGUGGUGUUCUGCUAGAUUCGUCCAGGCAUUUCUUACCAGUCCAAACCAUCCUGAAAUUUCUUGAUGCCAUGGCUUACAAUAAGAUGAACGUGUUCCAUUGGCACAUAGUCGAUGACCAGUCAUUUCCAUUCCAGAGUGUGUUCCCUAGACUUAGUCAGAUGGGUGCCUACAGACCGUACACUCAUGUUUACUCUCGACAGGACGUUGCUCAAAUUCUCGAGUAUGCCAGAGUUAGGGGAGUUAGGGUAGUCCCUGAGUUUGAUACCCCAGUCUUGGGUAAGGGUCAGAUGUACUUGCUGACGCAAUGUUUCUCAGGGAACCAACCAAAUGGCAACUUCGGGCCUAUUGACCCAUCGAGGAAUGAAAAUUUCAACUUUUUACAAGAAUUUUUUAAAGACGUUGCUUCGGCAUUCCCUGACAGCAACGCCCAGCAGAAGUCUUUGGUACUUGGAGGCGAGGCUUGCUUGUGGGGUGAAUACGUCGACUCCACCAAUGUACACUCGAGAUUGUGGCCCAGUGCAAGUGCAGUGGCGGAGAGGUUAUGGAGUGACGAAUCAGUGAGAGACAUUGCUGAUGCUGACAGGAGAUUAAGAGAACACAGAUGUCGCAUGCUUAGAAGAGGAAUCAUGGCUGAACCCGGGACAGGUCCAGGAUUUUGUGAAGAAGAAAUGGUUCUCUAAUGACAAUAAUAAUAAAUGAAUAAUAAUAUUCAAUGUUUAAAUAUCUUUGGCGAAUAUUUUUUAAUUGUACCAAUUUUAUAUUGAUAUUUUUUACACUGUCAUUUCAUUUUCGAAUUAUUAUUCUCUUACCGGUGUUGUUGAUACUUCAUAAGCAAUCUCUUCCGAUUUGAAAUUGUGAAUUCGAAAGAUGUUACCG